UUGUGAGCAAACGUUACUUAUUUCGCAGUCAUCAUUGUUGUUCUUUUUUUUAGCGUGGCGGCGACUGACUUCUAGUAAGUUCUACUCUCAUAAUAGGUCCCGAAAUCAUGUCAGAGCAGGAAGCAGUCCAGGAAACAAACGAUGAGGCAACAGCUUGCAAAAGAUGCGCUGUUGAGCUCGGCUAUUGGAAGGACGGCUUUGUACAGCAAUACAUGAGAUCAGCAGAGCGCAGAGCUCCCGAAAUAAACAGAGGGUAUUACGUACGUGUGCAGGGCUGCUAUUCGAUCGUGAAGAAGUUCCUAGCCCAGACUGGCGGUGAAUGUCAGAUUGUCUCGCUCGGAUCCGGCUUUGACACGCUCUACUGGAGACUUCACGAGGAGAAUGACUUGCCGAAGUGCCUGUACGAGUUUGACUUCAAGCAAGUGGUCGCAAGAAAAUCGUUGUCCAUAAAGAACAAGCGGAAGCUCAACGAGGCUCUGAUCGAUGGAAGCAUCAGUGGCAAUGGAGUUAAGUCGUCUCGGUAUCAUUUGAUGGCAUGCGAUAUCCGUGAUACGGACAGUAUGCACGAGAAUCUGCUGAAGGCCGGUGUUGACUUGAAUCUCCCGACGCUGUUCCUUGCCGAAUGCGUGCUUGUCUACCUAGCACCAGAGGAAUCUAGAGGCAUUUUGCGCUGGGCCUCUAAGUCGUUUCUGUCUGCAUUCUUUCUCAACUAUGAACCCGUGAAUUUAGCUGAUCGCUUCGGAGACGUUAUGCGCACCAAUUUGAAGUCACGAGGAUGCCCAUUGCUCGGCGCACUGACAUGCAAGACUGUUGACGAUCAGAAAUCUCGUUUCUUGGAGUGUGGUUGGGCGCAUUGCGAAUGUCUGACUAUGACUGAUGUACAUCGAUACCUGCCUGCGGAUGAUGUGAAAAGGAUGGAAAGGUUGGAGUUUUUGGACGAGACAGAAACGCUUCAUCAGCUCAUGGACCACUACUGCUUCAGUUGGGCAACGAAUGACCCCACGAAUAUUGGUCUGGCGGAUAUUGGAUUUCUAGGACCCCGGCGUUGAGUGCAGCGUUCUGGUUUGGCUCUAAGUGCACUCCACCGCCGUAUGUGGCAGUUUCAGUUCACCCACGUAUCCAUCAUGGCUUCUCACCAGCUCAUGUGUGUUCACACGUGCACACAUACACACAGAUGAAGAUGGUCAUUUCUAUCUCCUCGGCUACGCUUGAGGACCAUGCUACUCGGAGCAUGCUGCUGUGCCUGGAUGUCCCUGGCAACUGUAAUGCCCAUUCUAGGGUUUUGUAAUGCAGUUUUCACAACACCACGGUAACCAUCAGGCAUCCUCUACCAGAGCUCAUGCAGACACUGUGUCUGCUCUGUGCCUACUCACCAGCCAGAAAUCAGACUUGCACCUAGGCAAUGUUCGUUCUGUUCCGACCAACUCGUAUCAUUUGAUAUAACGUCACUGCUAUGUUUUCAAGUAAACCAACUGCUCGACCGCAGUAAUCAGGACAUUGACUCUACAAUUAUCAUCCUCAUCGCCGCGUGUUUUCAACAGCACAAUGUUGACACCGUCUUAGCGCCACGUCUACUAUGCAUCACCAGGAAUGGUCCAGGUCAGGUUGCUUUGACCAGCUCGUGAUGAUUUGGCAGGAAUGGUCCAGGAUGCAUUGCGGUACUCGUGCCCCGCUUUCGCUCGCAAAGUUGUGAAUCUCUGGGGGCUUUGAGUGCCUGCAUCAACCAUUGUCCUUGUCUGGAGAAUCUUGAUGGCACGACGUUGCACAGACCUUUCUCCAAAGCUACGUGUGUUCGCGGUCCCUGCACUGCAACAGGCGGGCUACAGUUGGGAUCUGGUACUGCUUCUUCUAACGUUGUGGCGACAGCAUGACUAGCGACUGCCUGUGCUUGUUCGGUCACCUGUCGUUCAUCCCACUGUGCGGUCUUUGUGCUAAUUUAUUUCCUAGGAGAGGGGCGUGUAAAAGCACAGGUGCUCGUUCUUCCUUUGAUACUGCUAUACCCAUGUGCUGCCGCUGCUGCUGCUGCUGCUAUCCUCUGACAGAGAUCAGGGUUAAAUUGGGGCACAGCGUCCCUCGUAUAUCUUGUUCUUUUGUCUUUUAAAUAGCCUUGCUCCACCAAAAAUACGAACAACUUUCUCAACUUGAAAAAGUCUACAAAUUUCUUCUUUUGCAACUACUUCCAGCAUGUUUUAACUUAUUUUCUUCGGUGCUGGAGUGAUGUCUUGAACAGGAAGAGCAAAGUAAUGCUGAAUAUCUGCAGUGAAAAUUGAUUCUUUGAUUCCCCUGGGAGUGGAACUAAUACUGUAACUUGA